AUGGUAUGGACAUCUUUGUGGUGGCAGUAUCGUGUCACCAAAUCACAUAGUUGUGCAUCAAUUACCACUGGUGUAUAUCCAGGAAACAUUAGAAUUCUCAGUGGUACCAAUGAUCUACUUGAUGCAUCAAAUGAAAAUUAUAUUUAUCCAGUUGCCUAUAUCAUAAAUUAUCCAGAUUAUAAACCAAAUAAAUUCUGGAAAAAUGAUAUUUGUAUUUUACGACUUGAAAAGCCAAUUUAUUAUACAACAAAAUGUAAAAAUAUACAUUUACCAGUUCAUAGCUUAGGACAAGUUAAUGAUGCUACAAUAAGUGGUUGGGGUCAUGAUUUUGAUAUUCCAACAAGUCCAUCAAGAUAUCUCAAAAUGACACAUGUAACUGUAUUGACAAAAUCAAAAUGUAAUUAUGAUCUUGAAGAGUUUGCUUUUACCAUGUCCAACACACAAAAAUGUGCAAUUACUCAAAAUACAAAUGCUGGCAUUCAAAGGGGAGAUGCUGGUAGUGCUGUUACUCAUACAUUUAGAGCUGAUGGUAUCAUUUCAUUACAAAUACCAAAUAAAAAAUAUGCAUUUAUUUUUACUCAAGUAUGGAGUUAUCUUGAUUGGAUCGAGGGAAUGAUUGAAGAAUAUUAA